AUGUCGGAUAAAGAAGGCAUGGAAAGAUUUUAUAACAAUCGAAUUUCAGAGCAGAUAAAAAAAAAUGACAGUUCCUCAAAUAAAAAUAACUCUCAGGAUUUUCUUGGUGAAAUUGUUAAAGAAUUAUGUAAUCUGUAUACUGAAGAAAAAUCCAAAGGCAGUGAUUCUGAGUUAGUUCUUGAUACAUUAGAUACAUUUCUAGCAAAUAAGAAGCAGAAUCCAGAUAAUAUCAUCAAUUGGUGCUUGAAUGAUGAAAUAAAUCCUAUG